UCCUCUUCUUCCACGGAGCCGGUAGUCGGAGGCAGCUGGUCGUCGCUCGCUCCUUCUCUCGGUCGGUCUCUCCGUCGGAGACUGGCGCUUGGUCGGCCGCCCCCGCGGCUGCCAUGGCGGUGGAGGCGAGGCUCGGGCCUCCCGGACAGGCCUCGCCAUGAAACUCCGGCCCGCUAUGAGAGGAAUCAUCACACCCCAAUCCAGAUCUCAGAAGCAAGUCCGUUCCGUACCAUGCAGUCCACCCCGAACGUUCGACACACCGGACUCAACAAUGGCCACAGUCACAGCCCCACCUGCCAGGGCCCUCACGCCACGAGGUCUCCCGGAGAGGAACCUUGCCAGCACGCAGGGGACGUUCACAUCCAAAUGACCUCAGCGGUCGGGGAGUCAGAGGCCAAUGCUGGCUCCCGGCAACAUCCACGGUUGGGGACUCAGAGUCGGCCACAUGGCCAAACGCCUGGCGAAGUCCGAAGUGGCCACUCUGGUGGUCCAGCCACGGAGGAACAAAGAGACAGCUCCCUCUCGGAAUUCAAAUACCUCCUUCAGUGGUUACACAGGAGCGUCCCGUACAUCUUGAUUUUGUCCAUCAAAAUUCUCAUGCAACAUAUCAUUGGAAUUUCUCUGGGAAUUGGGCUGCUCACAACUUUUAUGUAUGCAAACAAAGCCAUUGUAAAUCAGGUUUUCCUAAGAGAAAGGUGCUCCAGACUACGGUGUAUGUGGUUGCUACUGUUCUUGACGGGGUCAUCUGUCUUCAUCUAUUACACCUUCUACUCGCAGUCGCUUCAUUACAGCUUAAUCCUCUUAAAUCCCAAGGUGGAUUUUUGGAACUUCUGGGAGGUGCUCUGGAUUGUGGGAAUCACCGAUUUCGUUUUGAAGUUCAUCUUCAUGAGCCUGAAAUGCGCCGUUCUCCUGCUGCCUUGUUUUAUCAUGUCUCUUAAAUCCAAGGGUUACUGGUAUAUGCUGUUGGAAGAGCUUUGCCAGAUCUAUUCUAAAGUGGUUCCUGCCCCUGUGUGGUUUCGAUAUUUCGUUGGCCUUAGGGAAUUGGAUGGCACCAUCGGGUGGAGUUUUGGCAUCUUGCUGGCUCUGCUGUAUCUUAUCCUAAAGCUUUUGAGUUUUUUUGCACAACUGAAAAACUUCAGAAGGGUCUUACGGAUAUUUUUUACACGACCGAGCUACGGUGUGGUGGCCAGCAAGAGACAGCGUGCCGAAGCAGACGAUCUUUGUGCCAUUUGUCAAGCUGAAUUUCAGAAGCCGGUUGUCCUCCUCUGUCAGCACAUAUUUUGCGACGAGUGCAUCGCUCUGUGGCUGAACCGGGAAAAGACGUGUCCCCUCUGUCGAACAGUCCUUUCCACUCACGUCAACAAGUGGUAUGAUGGCGCAACCUCUGCACAACUGCAACUCUAUUAAAACAAACUAAAAAUAAAAGUGGCUGUGUGCUUCACAAUAUAGACUCAUUUGAGCACCAGGCGUGCGCGUUGUAGAGGACAUGACUGGAAGGAGGAGAGAGGGAUACAGAAGGAAUAAUGCUUUGUUCUCUCCACUGACUCUAUUGGAAUUCGUUCAGGUUCUUACAGCCUGUAUCCUACUUAAUUUUUCAUAUGCUGCUGCUGGGAAAUUCUCAAAUUUCUGAGUAUCUAAAGAUUAUUUUUUACAGUCUACCAAAUCAGCAGUGGGGAUACCUUGACUGCCUUCCAGUAUUAACAUCUGGUCUGUGCAAACUUUAGAUUCUGAGGUACAAAAUCCACCUUGUAGGAUUUGGCGUUAUCGGGGUGCUUCUACUCAUUGUACCUGGCCGUCACACAGCAAGAAUCAUGGAAUCGUUUCUGCUUUCCAUGUCUGUAAAUCUCAACUUUCAAUUAUGCAAACGUGGAUGAAAUUUUCUUUUUUUUUUCUAAGUCUGAAUUUUAAAGAACAAAGGUUUUGGCCUCUAUUUUGUCAAAAGCAGCUAGAUUUUUACUAAAGAGUUAAGCUGUAUUUUAGCUAUACUUUUUUUUAAAAAAAAUGUAGCGUAUGAUUGAUGAAAAUAAAUGCAGUUUGAAUCUGU